AUGGCCGCCGCCGCCGCCACCGACACCGCUGCUCCUUAGGCCUGAGAGGCCGCCCGACGACCCCCGGCCGGACCCCCGACGACCCCUUCGGCUUCUCUUCUGCUGGCCUCGCCCGCCCUCCGGAGCUCCCUUUUUUUCCUUCCCUUCUUCUCCCUCCCUCCCUCCCUCCCUUUCCUUCCUUCUCUUUUUCCCUUUAUCCCCUUCCUUCCUUCCUUCUUUCCUUCCUUUCUCUCCUUCCUUCCUUUUCCCCUUUUCUUCUUUCCUUUCCUUUUCCCCUUUCUCUCCUUUCUCUCCUUCCUUCCUUCCCUUCUUUUUCCCUUCUCUCCUUCUCUUUUUCCCUUUAUCUCCUUCCUUCCUUCUCUUUUCCCCUUUAUCCCCUUCCUUCCUUCUCUUUUUCCCUUUAUCCCCUUCCUUCCUUCCUUUUCCCUUUCUCUCCUUUUUCCCUUUCUCUCCUUCCUUCCUUCUUUUUACCUUUCUCUUCUCUCCUUUCCCUUUUCCCUUUCUCUCCUUUUUCCCUUUCUCUCCUUCCUUCCUUCUUUUCCCCUUUCCCUCAUCCUUCCUUCCUUGGCUUCACCAUUUCAUUAACCUCCCUUCUUUUCUUUUCCUUUCACUUUCACUUUCAGACUCCCUCAGACUUUCCUUCCUUCCUUCCCUCCUUCCUAUUUUCUUUCCAUAGUUCCUUCCCCUGGUCCCUCCUUUUCUGAUCUCACCCUUUUUCUUUCCUUUCGUUUUCUUCAUCUUCCUUCCUUCCUUCCUUCCUUCCUUCCUUCCUUCCUUCCUUCCUUCCUUCCUUCCUUCCUUCCUUCCUUGCCUUUCCCUUCCCUUCCCUUCUUUCCCACAUUUUCCCCCAAUCCUGUUUUUCUCUAACCUCCCCCAGCAUAAUUUUAAGGGGGCUCUUCCGAUCUCCAUUCUCCGAGGCUCCCAACUUUGCCUGGGUCUUCCUGCGGCUGCUGAAUCCGAUGCUGGACCCCAAUCUUCAGGAACUGACUGACCGCCCCCCCACCAAACACCUGCUUUUGAGGACAACCUGACUGGCACUGACCUGAGAUGACCCUCCGUUGCAACUCUUCCUCCCAUCUCUUUCGCUAUCCGUCUCUUUGGACUAACCUCCUCCUUCCUUCAAAUGUUUUGCCUCUCGGAAGAUCCGAUUGUGGCUGGGUUUAUUGAAUUUAUUAUCCGCGAAUAUCGCCGCUUCUUCACAAUUUGGUCCUUAAAAUGCCCCCCACUCUGCAUCAAUUCUCAUUUUACCUUCCUAGGAAUGUCCAAAGAACAGAAUCGGGGCAGAAGCAAUGCUAAAAUGACUACGGCACCCAUAAACGUUUGCAUCGGACCGAAUAUUACUGAAAGAUUCCCUUGCCUUCCUCUUACAGAUGCAAAUUCGAGGACUUUUAUGGAGGACUGGUGAACGGACCAAAAACAAAAAAACUACAAUUUUUAGACUCUUGUUUGAUUCCCUUGGAAUAACGCUUGAAGCCACAGGGAUUUGGCCUUAACGCUAUGCCAGAAAAAGGGAACUUUUCCGUGAGUGUCUUCUUGCAAUCUGAGGAUGGCCUCACCUUUCCACAGGUGAAGUUGCAAGACGGAGCAAAGGAGGGCUCUUUAAAAAUCCGGGCCUGCUGACCGGAUGGAAGUUUGCAAAUUUACGCAGGGCUGAAAGAGGAGAACGGGAGACGAGAAGCGUGGCUUUUGCUUGGAAAGGCCGGUGCUGGGAAGGCGACGCUGAAGUUUACUGUCCUGUCCCGGAAAGGCUGCGUUGGUGUGUCUCGCGUGGGAGGAAAAAUCUAUGGGUCAGCAACCUGGAAAAGUCCUGGGCGACCAACGGAGGCCCAGUCUUUCCGCCUUGCAUUUUAUCAAAGGUGGGGUGAAGAAAGAAGCCUCAUCAAAGCAAGGGGCCACCCAUUGCAACGUCUUUCUGGAGCAUGAAGCGCUUCAACGGCCCGUCGCCUCCGAAUUCGAGCCGCAGAGUCUGAGCGAAGCUGCCCGCUGGAAUUCCAAAGAAAACCUCCUUUCUGCUCCGGGUGAAAAUGAUCCGAAUCUUUUUGUGGCCUUGUACGAUUUCGUCGCCAGCGGUGACAAUACUCUCAGCAUCACUAAAGGGGAAAAACUUCGCGUCUUGGGUUACAAUCACAACGGAGAAUGGUGCGAAGCCCAGACCAAGAACGGACAAGGCUGGGUGCCCAGCAACUACAUCACCCCCGUAAACAGCUUGGAAAAACAUUCGUGGUACCAUGGACCGGUUUCACGCAACGCAGCGGAAUACCUGCUCAGCAGCGGGAUAAACGGCAGUUUUUUGGUACGGGAAAGCGAGAGCAGCCCUGGUCAGAGAUCCAUUUCCUUGAGAUACGAGGGGAGAGUCUACCAUUACCGGAUCAACACCGCCUCUGACGGGAAGCUUUACGUCUCCUCGGAAAGCCGCUUCAACACGUUGGCCGAGCUGGUCCACCAUCACUCAACGGUGGCCGACGGGCUGAUCAUCACUCUCCAUUACCCUGCCCCGAAGAGGAACAAGCCCACCAUUUACGGGGUCUCUCCCAACUACGACAAGUGGGAGAUCGAACGGACGGACAUCACGAUGAAGCACAAGCUGGGGGGCGGACAAUACGGAGAGGUGUACGAAGGCGUCUGGAAGAAGUACAACCUCACCGUGGCGGUGAAGACCCUCAAGGAAGAUACCAUGGAGGUAGAAGAAUUCUUGAAAGAGGCAGCCGUCAUGAAAGAAGUCAAGCAUCCAAAUUUGGUGCAAUUACUGGGGGUGUGCACAAGGGAGCCCCCGUUCUACAUCAUCACGGAGUUCAUGACUUACGGGAACCUGCUGGAUUUCUUGCGGGAUUGCAACCGGCAAGAGGUGAACGCGGUGGUGCUCCUCUACAUGGCCACCCAGAUUUCCUCGGCCAUGGAGUACCUGGAGAAGAAGAACUUCAUCCACAGGGACCUCGCUGCCCGAAACUGCCUGGUAGGAGAGAACCACCUGGUGAAGGUAGCCGAUUUUGGCUUAAGCAGAUUGAUGACUGGUGAUACGUACACUGCCCACGCUGGAGCCAAGUUCCCUAUCAAAUGGACCGCCCCGGAAAGCCUCGCUUAUAACAAAUUCUCCAUCAAAUCUGAUGUCUGGGCUUUUGGCGUCUUGCUUUGGGAAAUUGCCACCUACGGCAUGUCCCCGUACCCUGGGAUCGACCUGUCGCAGGUCUACGAACUGUUGGAGAAGGACUAUCGCAUGGAGCGUCCCGAGGGCUGUCCAGAAAAAGUCUACGAGCUCAUGAGAGAGUGCUGGCAGUGGAGCCCUUCAGACAGACCCUCCUUUGCUGAAAUCCAUCAAGCGUUUGAGACGAUGUUUCAAGAAUCCAGCAUUUCAGAUGAAGUGGAAAAGGAGCUGGGGAAGAAAACGGUGAAAAGCACGGCCAGCCCAUUUUUGCAAGCUCCAGAGCUGCCCACGAAAACCAGGUCAUCUCGAAAAACGGCCGAAUGGAAGGAGGCCGAGAGCUUAGAGGUGGCGCCUGCCAAAGUCCCAACAGAAACGGAAUCUACAGAGCACGAACCGGCUGUAUCCCCUGUACUGCCACGGAAGGAAAGGACUGCAGCCGAUGGGAGUUUAAACGAAGACGACCGGUUGCUCCCCAAAGACAAAAAGACCAACCUUUUUAGUGCUCUGAUCAAGAAGAAAAAGAAAACGGCGCCCACCCCUCCAAAGCGGAGUAGUUCCUUCCGGGAAGUGGAGGGACACCUGGAGCAUAAAGGAGGAGGGGAGGACGAGACCAAAGAUGGCAACAACGGGGGUUUGCUCGCACAUCCUGCUGAUUUAGAGGAACGUUCCAGGUUCCCCAACCCCAGCAAUGAGACAGCUGGCGUCGCCAAUGGGACUGGGAGCUCCAGUUUGUUGACGCCAAACGUUUGGAAAAAAUCGGGGUCCUCGGCCAAUAAUCGCCUGGGUCCCAACGAAGAGGAUGGCGGCUCGAUCUCCGGCAAGCGUUUCUUGCGUUCCUGCUCUGCCUCUUGCGUUCCCCACGGGGGCAGGGACACUGAGUGGAAAUCAGUCACCCUCCCUCGGAACCCACAAUCCAUGGGGCACCAGUUUGACUCGUCCACCUUUGGGGGCCACAAGAGUGAAAAGCCCGCCCUGCCUCGAAAGCGAGCCAGUGAGGUGAAGGCUGACCUGGUCAGCAGGGGAAUGAUCACUGCAGGGCCUCGGCUGCUGAAAAAGAAUGAGGAGACACUGGAAGAGACUUCCAAAGAAACUGAGUGUAUCACAGGCUCCAGCCAGCCCACCCUCACCCCUAAACUCAGUCGGAGGCAGCCUUUGCUUCCUUCUGCUCCUGGGGGUCCAUCGGUUGAGCAAACCACAGUGGCCAAAGCCACCCUGGGCAUCUUUUCUGGCAAAAUCCUGGGCGAGGAGUCCCGUCUACGAAAGAUGAAGCCGGCUCCAGAGAAGGAAAAAGGGAAGCUGUCGAAGCUCAAACCUGCCCCGCCUCCUCCGGUCUUGAACUUGGGUAAAAAUAGCAAGGGGGGUCUUGGGCCCAGCCACGAAGGACCAGAAGGGUCCCUGGCCAAGAGCAAGCAGACAGUAGUGGCCGUGGAGCCCGUCAAUGCUGAGACUCCCAAGUCCACCGAGGGAAGCAAAAAGCUGCUGAUGUCCACCGUACCGAAGUCUCCCUCAUCCGCCAAACUGCUCUUUGGUUCCCCUUCUCCGUCGCCCCCCACCGUCUCGUCAGCUCUGGCUGCUGCAGACCAACCGGUCUCCACAGCCUUCAUCCCCCUUAUUUCCACCCGGGUGUCCCUGAGGAAGACCCGCCAACCACCCGAGAAGAUAGCGAGCGGCACCGUCACGAAGGGAACAGUCCUGGAGAGCUCCGACGCCCUGCGGACCGCUAUCAACAAGAACUCAGAGCAGAUGGUCAGCCAUAGUGCUGUCCUGGAAGCGGGCAAGAACCUGUACACCUUCUGCGUCAGCUACGUGGACUCGAUCCAGCAGAUGCGGAAUAAGUUUGCUUUCCGAGAGGCCAUCAACAAACUGGAGAACAGCCUCCGGGAGCUUCAGAUCUGCCCUGCCACAGUUGGUGGAGGUCCGGCCACUACCCCAGAUUUUAGCAAGUUGCUCGGCUCGGUCAAAGAAAUCAGCGACAUUGUCCAAAGGUAGCAGAAGUGGAGAGAUCAUCGGUGGCCCACGUUAGAUGGAGCCGACCCAAGACAUUUUGGUUUCCGGGACAAAACAAUGGACCUCACAUUUCAGAGAGACAACGCACAGACUUAGCCAUGUGGAUUGUAUCUUAGUUGUCCUCUGGAGGUAUCCAAAACUGUCAACUUCGAGCCUUCCAGGUGUUGUGUUGCUUGGAUUGCUCUCACCCUCAGGAUAUGCUCAUCCAUUGCUCCUCACAACCACCCCUCCCCAUACACCUGCCCACCCCCCAAUCCAUCUUUCUCAUCUGGAAUUUCCCUCAGUUUGCUUCUUAACUUGGGGACGUCCAAAAAUCUUGUGAAGCUUAACUGGCCUGAACGUCGCAUCCUUUGGGACGUUCCGACUAACGCUUUGCUUGCUUUCAGUGUGAGCUUUGCGUUGAAAGUGAGGCCUCUGGGGGCACCGCUUGUCUAGACCCAAUUGAUUGCUGGGAUCUCUCUGGGUUGCUUCCCUUCGCCCUCAUUGCACAUUUUGUCAGGUGCGGACGAUCAGGUUCGUACGUGAAGGUUCAGUUAAGCUACUCUGUUGCUAAAAGCCCACGCGCAGGAAUCUUCUCGGCAUCUGCUAGGAGUUCAGUAGGAGUCAACGGAAUUCAAGGCAGGUUGGCCUUCGUGCAUAGGGAUUCUAGGCUGAUGCCUCUUUUCACUCCACCCCCCUUGGUUCUACCACUCCUUCUAAACACACCCGGGUGCGUUCUCACAACCCCAUUUUCUCUCUUAACCUUUCUGUCUCCCUCCUGUCCACUGCAGACUUCGGUUUGAAAUUAGGCAGGGCUCUUACGAGGACCAACCAAAGCAACUGCCCUCUCCGUCUGACAAACCCCACCCCACCCCCCACCCUCGGAUAAAGGAAUGACUACAUAAACAAUUUCAAUCCCGUCCCUCACUCCCCUUUUUUUUUUCAAGAGGUCGCCUCAGUUGCUUUGGGAGACAGGAGAGGCAAUUAAAGCUUCCACCCAAAGCCAAGCUUGUACCAAUUUGGGUCAUCGGGGAAUUUGCACAUCUCUUUCCUUUCUUUUCUUUUUUCAUUUUGGAAGGGAGGUUGCCCUGUGUCACUCUGCUUGAGUCCACGCACAAACCAAGAGGUCACCCGUUGCUUCUCUGCAUGAUUCACUCCGUUGGCCCGACAGGAAAUCCUUCUGCACUCCUGGGAUGUGGUCAGCCUCCUGUAGCGAAACCAUAAAAAUGUGGGAGCAGGGAAACCUUGGAGGGGUGAGAUCGGAGGGGGAGCUUUGUCAUUCGAAACAAAUUUGGGACGUUCGAUUCACUGCCUCCCUUGCGCCAAGCAUCUCCACCCGAAAAACCUUUUUAAUUAUUAUUUUUUUUUCCCCGCAAGUGGUGGCGACAAAUACUCAGUUUACCAGGCUGCCCUUGUGUGUCGUGGCCAGACCAACGGGGAGGUGGGGCGGGGAGGAACGAAACUGUGAUUUUAAUCUUUGAAAGAAUGGAGGUGAAGGGGGAGCUGCCCCCCAAAUUCAGCGAAGGUUGGAUAUUUCCAGAGGGUAGAAAGACUUCUUGUGAAUAAUCUCUCGCUGUAAUAUACACUCUCUGCAUAUCUCAGUAUUAACGCCUUUUGUAAGCCCUGCCUUCCGGUGUGUAAAGUAGCUGCCGCUUUUUAAUUCUUAAUUUCUAUAAUACUCAGCAGAGGAGGGGGUUUAUUUCCUUGCCCCCUCCCCUCUUCUUCGUCUUCUAGCUUAUGUUUGUCCAAUCCAGGACCUUUUUAAGAGAUCGUUUCACCCAUUUUCCUCCUCUUCCUCCACUACGACCACUUUACGUGCGUUCUUUCGAAAGAUCCCAGAUGGUUUAUUUCUUAGUCUUUGUGUUUUUUGUUUUUUUUUAAAAUAAAUUGACGUUCAAGAAAAGGAGAGAAAAGGCCUCCGUAACAAGCUGCCUUUCUUGCAUUCAGACUGAGCCACGUCGGGGCCACGGAUUGGUAACCUGGCGUUUGUCAAGGGUGAAGUGAAUUGAUGACAAUUUUAAAAACUUUGCUGAAGCCUAGAGUUGGCAGAGGCGUGGGAGCCAUCUACAAACGCUGUUUAGAGAAAAACUAAACCCCAGAUUAACAAGGGCAUAGUUAAUCCUAGGUCUGCAGACUGUGAUACGGUUGGGAAGUUGUACGUGAGCGUAACAAAGAGGCCAAAGGAUCAUAAACUCUACGAGGAACAGUUGGAGCUGGUUGUAGUCUAGUCUAAUGAAGAGAAGGACUGAGGGACGGGUACAUGAUGGGGGGGGGGCAUUCUUUCUUCCUUCUUUUUCCUUCUCCUUCUCUCCUUUCUCCUCUCCCCUCCUCUCUCUCUUUCCUCUCCUUCUCUUCUCUUCUCUUCUCUUCUCUUCUCUUCUCUUCUCUUCUCUUCUCUUCUCUCUCCUCUUCCCCUCUCCUCUCCUCUCCUCUCCUCUUUUUCUCUUUCCUGUCUCGUCUCGUCUUCUCUUCCUCUCUUCUCUCUCCUCUCCCCUCCCUUCCCUUCUCUUUUCCUCCCCUCCCCUCCCCUCCCCUUCUCCUCCUCCCCCUCCUCCCACAGUCCUGUCUAAUAGAAUGGGUGGGACCGAAUGCUAACUCACCCACCCUUUCAAAAUUCAUAUUUCCCGCUCACUCGUUCCCCCACGAGCCAGCAAAAGCCCAAAACCACUGAAAUAUUUCCCAUCUCCAGAUGGGAAGUUCUGAUCAAGACAAGCACCAAUCUUAGAUGAGGAGACGUUACGCUUUCAAUACUUGCCCAUUGAUUAAGAAAUCAUGGUUUUCGGGCAAUGUCUGCUUCAUUCCUGGCUCAAAGCAAGGACUCCAGUUCCAUUUUCUCUCCCCCCCCCACCCCCCUCCCCCCAAGCCCCAGGGAAGCUUAAUUAAACCAGGGCUCCAUGAAUCUAGGCAAAAUCUUUGUUUAUUGCGCUCCUCUGGCCACGGCUAAGAGAAGUCAGCUGGAGAUUUGAAGCCGGCCAAUUAGCCCGUUUCUUUUUCGAACCGAGUCCAGUUUGCAAACAUCUGUUGGUCUCGGCUGGAUAGAAAAUUGACAGGGCGAAUAUUUAUGAAGGCUCUGAACACUGGGGGGUGGGGGUGUAUGGGGGGCAGAAAGUCGAUAAAAGUUUCCUGCAGCUUUGCCAUUCCAGCUGACUUGGUGCAAGAAGUAAUUCUUUGAAGCUGGGCAAGAGAGGGAAACUGAGGCUGCAGCACUGCCUGUAAAGAUGUUUCUGCCUUUUCAAAACUGGUCCUGCGUUAUGGACAGGUUGUCCCUCGGUAGCUUUGCUGCUUUGUGGUUUGGGAAAAUAAACUACUACUACUUCUUCCUCUUCUUCUUCCUCUUCCUCCCUCCUUCUCCUCCCUUUUCUCUCCUCCCUCCCCUUCUUCCCCUCCCUUCCCCCCUCUCUCUCCUCCCUCUCCUCCUUCCUUUCUUCUCUCUCUCCUCCUUCCUUCUCCUCCUCCACUCCCUUUUCCUUCUCCUGAUCCUCCUUCCCCUCCUCCUUCUCCACUUUUUCCUCCCUUUUCUCUCCUCCUCCUUCUCUUCCUCCCCUUUUUCUGGGGGGUCCUAAUAGAAUAGGUGGGGCCUGAAUCCUGACUGAUCCAUCCUUAACUGGCAUUUAGAUUGCCUUAACAUUCAAUCACCACUCCCAUCCCAUGUCUUCAGACUUUGUUCUUCUCCGAGUUUCUAAACCUUACAACCGGGUGGCCACUUUUAACAUUUCCUGGGACCCUCCUCUUGUCAAUGCGGACUUCAGUGAACAAACCUGGUUUCCUGUCCCCCGCUGAAACGAUGGCUGAAUUUCUACAUCCCGGGCAAUCACAGUUAUCCCAUCCCUGUGUCUAAUAUGCUGGUUUUAAUUCAUUCACGAAACUAAACUUAGGUACCUAGCAAGAAAGAAAGACUUUAAUUACGUUUUGUGUUUCCAGUGCAGGAAGCCAGCAUCAGGCCUGUAACUUAACGCAAUGCAAAUCAGCAUGACACGCUAACCGUGGUUUAAUGGUAGCUUGUGCGUUGUGCAAAUCCAGCCUUCUUGUUUAGAUUUAUCGACCGGCUUAUUGUGCGACUCGGAAGAUGGGUUAAUCCAAAAAAAAAAAUCAGUUUAAUGGC